GACGGCGCCAUCUCGAACGACUCGGACGAUGUCGAUGACGAGGACAUCUCGGACUUCAACAUCCUCCCCGUCGACAACAGCAAGAGCAUGAAGCUCCAGGACGACGGCGACACCUUCCGCGUCUGGUUCGAAAAGGCCGACAAUGGCGAGGAAACCAACAACUCGGAGUCGUCUCGCUCGAUGCGCGCCGGAGCCGAGCCCACCAUCGUCAUCUGCCCCGAGACCCCCGGCAAAAAGUACAACGUCGAGUGGAUCCGCAACUGGGUCAUCAAGGUCGCCCGCCAGUUCGAGCGCCAUCAGAAGCGCAACAAGACCCGAGGCCGCUACGAGCGAGUCGCUGCCUCCUGGGACGCCGGCUCAUACUACUGGAACAUGACCUGCACUCUGCACUCGAGCCGCGGCAUCGACGCCGUUUCGCUCGACAUGGCCCAGGAGAAGCAGUUGCGCAAGGACAUUGCCACCUUCACGGCCGAUCGCGAGUUCUACGCCCGCAUGGGCAUUCCCUACCGCCGCGGCUAUCUGUUCUCAGGCCGACCGGGCACCGGCAAGUCCAGCCUGGUCAACGCCCUGUCCUCGUCGCUCAACCGCGACCUCUACUACAUCAACCUCCGGGAGAUCAAGGACGACAGCGCCCUGCAGUCGGCCUUCUCCAGCAUCCCCAAGAACUCGGUGAUUGUCUUUGAGGACAUUGAUGCCCAGUCCAAGACGGUGCACUCGCGGACCAGCCGUGCCCUGCUGCAUGCCGAGAUGCCUGCCUUUGAGGACAUUAGCAUCAUGGGUCCUUCGCUGGACCAGAAGGCCAGGCUGCUGCCUUCGACUGGCUUCACCCUCUCGGCGCUGCUCAACUGCCUCGACGGCUAUGUCACCGAGGAGGGCAUGAUUGUCAUCAUGACGAGCAACCACCCCGAAGUCCUGGACCCGGCCCUGAUCCGGCCCGGCCGCAUCGACCUACACAUGGACCUGGGCUACUGCACCCAGUACCAGUUUGCGCACAUGUACCGCGCCGUCAUGGACGAUCCUGCUGCUGUGCUCGAGGGCGUCGAGACCCUCCCCGAGCACGUCAUCUCCCCUGCCGACGCCAUGCGGAUCAUGAUCCUGAACCGGGCUGCUCCCGACAGCGUGGUCCCGGAGCUCCUGAAGCGGGCCUCGGAGAUCCAGGCUGGCGCAAAGUCCGAGUGGGAGAUUGAGCAGGCGAUCAAGGAAGCGUAUCGGGCACAGCAGGAGCGCGAGGAAGAGCAGAAGCGCGAGGAAGAGCAGAAGCAGAAUGAGAAAGAGAAGGCCGAGAACGGCGACUCGGACGGCAAGGACGGCAAGGACGCUUCGGCCGAGAAGGACACUUCUGGAUCCAAGCCAAGCGACGGCGACUCGUAAACUGGCUGAUAUACUGCCAACAGCGGUCCAAGCACCACCGACUUGGCACCCGCCUCAUGUGCAUCCAUCCCAUCCCAUUAAUACCCACUCUGUAUCAUCUCAUCGACCUGCUCUCUGCAUGCACACCUGGACACUCCACGAUGGUGCGGCUGUCUCGCACGCCAAUAUACACAUGUCCAGUCCA